CAUGACCAUUCAUAAUCACACCUUGACUUUGCAAGAUUUUUCUCAUGACGAAGUACAAGACAAUUUCAGACCCGCUUUCCUUGAUCCAGGGCGAAGAUCUGAAUAUUAUCAUAUGACCAGAAGUACCAGACACGCUGCAAAGCUGGAAAAGAAGAAAGCAGGCACAAUUAAAAUGAUCGAAAGUGGCAUACCAACCGCCAAAAACUUCUAUCAUCAAACAACAUGACCAUCAUGUACAAUAUAUAUUGCAGCA